UAGGCGUGUCUGGGAGGAACCCACAGUCCGCGAGUAUCGCGGCAGCUACUUCCUCCACUCUUGCUGCAGCGUCUGCAGCUACGGAAGAUGUUUGGGGUCCUGCUCUUGCUCCUCCUUUUCCCCCUUCUCCUGUACAUCGCUGCACCCCAAAUCAGGAAAAUGCUGACCAGUGGGAUGUGUACGUCAACUGUCCAGCUUCCUGGGAAGGUGGCUGUGGUCACUGGAGCCAACACAGGCAUUGGAAAGGAGACAGCCAAAGACCUAGCUCAAAGAGGAGCCCGUGUAUAUAUAGCUUGCCGGGAUGUGCAAAAGGGGGAAUUAGUGGCCAGAGAGAUCCAGAACAUGACAGGGAAUGAACAGGUGUUGGUGCGGAAAUUGGACUUGGCUGAUACUAAAUCUAUUCGAGCCUUUGCUGAGGGCUUCUUAGCAGAGGAAAAGCAUCUCCACCUUUUGAUCAACAAUGCAGGUGUGAUGAUGUGCCCCUACUCCAAGACAGCAGAUGGCUUCGAGAUGCAAAUGGGAGUCAACCACUUGGGUCACUUCCUCCUGACCCAUCUGCUACUAGAGAAGCUGAAGGAAUCAGCCCCAUCUCGGAUAGUGAAUGUAUCUUCCUUUGCACAUCACCUGGGAAGGAUCAACUUCCAUAACCUGCAGGGCGAGAGAUUCUAUAAUGCAGGUCUGGCCUACUGUCACAGCAAGUUAGCCAACAUUCUUUUCACCCAGGAACUGGCCCGGAGGCUAAAAGGCACUGGCGUUACGACGUAUUCUCUACAUCCUGGCACAGUCAAAUCUGAAUUGGUUCGGCACUCAUCUUUGAUGAAAUGCAUGUGGUGGCUUUUCUCCUACUUCCUCAAGACUCCUGAGCAGGGAGCCCAGACCAGCCUGUACUGUGCCUUAACGGAAGGUCUUGAGACUCUAAGUGGGAAUCAUUUCAGUGACUGCCAUGUUGCAUGGGUCUCUGCCAAGGGUCGUAAUGAGACUGUAGCAAGGCGCCUAUGGGACGUCAGCUGUGAUCUGCUGGGCAUCCCUGUGGAUUGACAGGUAGUGGCAGUUGAAUCCAAGAGAAGCCUGCAACAGACUACUUGGUAUUCCUUCCCAGAAUGAGUCUCCUUCAGGGUGGUCAAAACUUUGAGCACAAAGAGAGCAAACCUUCCUUCUUGAUAUCGGAUAAAAGCCUAGUGUACACUGCCAGAUUGAUCUAAACAUCUUGCAUUUAUUUGUCCAGAUUUACUUUGCUCCUAUUACUACCAGAGUUCCUAGAAAUAUCAUAGGAUAAGAAGACCCUCAUAUGACCUACAAGCACUUAUCUCCCUUCUGAAACCUACUACCUAGGAGAAUCUAAGCUGUGGCAGGGUUAAUUUAUGGCAGUUUGGACUGGUUUCUACCCUCUUUGUUGACAAUAUAGUUCUCCACAACCAAUCAGCCUUCCCUUCAAGAGGGCUACACUGCAGCUGUCUUACAGGGCUUAUCCCUCACCUCUUCAGAAAACCAUCACAGCAUCUGUGUCUGGAUUCUUUCAGGAAACUUGUAACUGAAUCUGAAUUAUGACAUUGCAUUGUCUCUGACAACCAAAACCCACUGCUGUUAAGAUACUUUCCCAUGUCUAGACUGUGGAAGAGCUUCCUUUCCUAAAGCAUUUGUGGUGCUUGGGGCAUGGCAGAAAUUUGGGGGAAGGGAGAAAUAAAAAUCAAGUUUAAACUGUCA